GUUGCAGACGACAUCAAGGACCGGCUAAAGGAGCUCAACUUGCCAAGGUACAAGAUCGUGGUCCAGGUCUCCAUCGGUGAGCAGAAGGGCCAAGGAGUCCGCAUGGGAACGCGGUGUUUCUGGGACGGCGACACAGACAGCUAUGCCUCAGAGAUGUACUGCAACGAAAGCCUGUUUUGCGUCGCGACAGCAUACGGAGUGUACCUAUACUGA